UCGUCCUCUUUCUUCGCUCACUCACGCCAUUUCUCCUCCCCCUCUGUCUCUCUCUUUCGGCGGUUUGUGUUUCAGACAACAGGAAGACUGAGGAGGAAAAUGGCGUUGUCCGUGGAGAAGACCACCAGCGGCCGCCAGUACAAGGUCAAGGACAUGUCGCAGGCCGACUUCGGCCGCCUCGAGAUCGAGCUCGCGGAGGUCGAGAUGCCCGGCCUCAUGGCCUGCCGAUCCGAGUUCGGCCCCUCGCAGCCCUUCAAGGGCGCCAGGAUCACCGGCUCCCUCCACAUGACCAUCCAGACCGCCGUCCUCAUCGAGACCCUCUCCGCCCUCGGCGCUGAGGUCCGCUGGUGCUCCUGUAACAUCUUCUCCACCCAGGACCACGCCGCCGCCGCCAUCGCCCGCGACUCCGCCGCCGUCUUCGCCUGGAAGGGCGAGACCCUCCAGGAGUACUGGUGGUGCACCGAGCGGGCCCUCGACUGGGGCCCCGGCGGCGGCCCCGACCUCAUCGUCGACGACGGAGGCGACGCCACCCUCCUCAUCCACGAGGGGGUCAAGGCCGAGGAGGUAUACGAGAAGACCGGGAAGCUCCCCGACCCGGCGUCCACCGACAACGCCGAGUUCCAGAUCGUGCUGACCAUAAUCAGGGACGGGUUGAAGACCGAUCCCAAGAGGUAUCACAAGAUGAAGCAGAGACUUGUCGGCGUCUCGGAGGAGACCACUACUGGUGUCAAGAGGUUGUACCAGAUGCAGGCCAACGGGACUCUGCUAUUCCCUGCCAUUAAUGUCAAUGACUCUGUCACCAAGAGCAAGUUUGAUAACUUGUAUGGCUGCCGCCACUCUCUCCCUGACGGUCUGAUGAGGGCCACCGACGUCAUGAUUGCUGGUAAAGUUGGUGUGGUCUGUGGAUACGGAGACGUGGGCAAGGGCUGCGCUGCUGCCCUCAAGCAGGCUGGUGCUCGUGUCAUUGUGACUGAGAUCGAUCCCAUCUGUGCUCUCCAAGCUCUCAUGGAAGGCCUCCAGGUCCGAACCCUCGAGGAUGUUGUCUCCGAGGCUGACAUCUUUGUCACCACCACCGGCAACAAGGACAUCAUCAUGGUCGACCACAUGAGGAAGAUGAAGAACAACGCCAUCGUCUGCAACAUCGGUCACUUUGAUAACGAGAUUGACAUGCUCGGCCUGGAGAACUUCCCUGGUGUGAAGCGCAUCACCAUCAAGCCCCAAACUGACAGGUGGGUCUUCCCUGACACCAAGUCGGGCAUCAUUGUCUUGGCAGAGGGACGCCUCAUGAACUUGGGUUGUGCCACCGGCCACCCUAGCUUCGUGAUGUCCUGCUCCUUCACGAACCAGGUGAUUGCCCAGCUUGAACUGUGGAAGGAGAAGUCCUCUGGCAAGUAUAAGAAGGAGGUCUAUGUCUUGCCCAAGCACCUGGAUGAGAAGGUGGCUGCUCUUCACCUUGGUAAGCUCGGUGCUAGGCUCACCAAGCUUACCAAGGAACAAGCUGACUACAUUCACGUCCCUGUUGAGGGUCCCUACAAGCCUGCUCAAUAUAGGUAUUAAGCUGGUUCCCACGAAGAUUUUGCAGACGGCUCCGCCAUUUCUUUCUCAAUUCGAUUUCUCGGUAGAAUGGUGGGAUUCUUGUUAUUCGGGUUGGACGUUUUUCUGGAGGAGGAAGGUGAGCUGUUAAAUCGAUGGGACUAUGAGAGGUUCUAAGGUGGCCAUGAAUAAAGUUUGGAAGGCCUGUAGACUAUAUGUUGUAAGUGCUGCAAUUUAAUUUUGCUGCACGUGUUGUGCCAUUUAUCUCUAAGCUGAAAGGCUGACUUCUUUUUCUUUUUCUUUUCCUGGGGUGUCUGCUGACAAGAAGAAAGAAUAUAUGAUCCAAUCCGAUCGAUCCUGCUUUGUUU